AUGGACGUCCAAGAUCAAGCAGCUAGGAAUGUCAAGAAUAAGCAUUCAUUGAGGAACAAAGGAAAGCAGAGUACUGGAGAUAGAAAGCCUGCGUUUAAAACUGUAUUAGAUACGCCUUAUCAUGUCAAUUGGCCUGGUGUACCACCUUCAACGUCUAACGCUAUUCUAAAAGAUUUAACAGCAUUUUUCUCAGAUUUCGUUAAAAAGAAGGAACUUACACAUCCACCUUUGUCUGAUGAACAAAAGCGAGCUUUGAGAAAGGAAAGAAGGGAAGCAAAAUUAAAGGAUAAAGGUAGCGUUACUCUCAAUCCAGAGAAAGGAAAAGAUAGAGAAAACAUUACGACACCAGAAUCAACACUACUCGGUAUAAACGCAGUUACUAGAGACAUUGAAAGUGGCCAAUCAUCAAAGUGUAAAGUUGUGAUCGCGUGCAAGCAUGAUGUUAACCCUUCUCGAUUAUUAGCACAUUUACCUAUUCAAAUAUCAACACUAAACACACAACAUAAACGUUCUGUUUUGUUAAUUGAACUUCCAAAAGGUAGUGAGGAAGCGCUCGCGGUCUCUAUAAAGCUUAAAAGAGUUGCUGUAGUCGGCUUGACAGAAAAUCACAUACUGGCUGAAACAAUACGUCGACGAUUGGAAGAUGAAUCAAAGUACACACUCAAAGCACCUUGGCAGACUGAAGAAGGCGAUCCUAUCUAUAUACCCACUCAAAUUAAGACAAUAGAAACCACCAUGCCGAAAGACCUUCGUAAAGCUAAAGAGGAGAAAAAGAAAACGCAAGCCGCCAAGAAGGAGCGUAUAUUAGCAUACAAGCAGACUCAAAAGUUAAAGUAAAUAAAUGUUCUGUAGUAUAAAUUGGAAAAUAUGUAUUUUCUGCAAGAAAUUUACAACAUAAAAGCUUCGCUGGGCUACAGAUAAAGGUUGUUAAAAUGAGUGUAGUGUAGUGUAUUUGGAAAUGAUUGAAAAAGCUAGGAAAAAGUUAGGCUAAUGAAAUAUGUUGAAAAAAACCAGGUGAUUUAAGUGUAAAAUUGUCAGUUGAAAAUGUUUGAAAGAUCGUUCGAAUUGUUAUGUUGAAGCAAGGAAAGAUAUAUAAAAACAGCGUAUGUUUUGACACGCUCUAUUAAAAAAUUGUUGAGGAAUGCCAGAAUAAAGUAUAAGUUAAAAUGCUGUUGUUUGAUUUAAUUUAUUUAUCCAAAUCCAUCAAAUUAUCAUCAGUACUUGACCGACUAACAAUUUGAUUAUUAAUGUCAUCUUGAUCUGUAACGAUAAGACUAGCCUGUGGUAAUGGUUGUGGUACUUUAUUUAUAUUUCCAAUGGUCAAAGAAUCUACGAUAUUCCCUAAGAAAGCACCAUCAUCUUCAACUUCCAAAGCACCUUUAGUACGUCUUUUAAUCACAUUAUUUAAUAUUGGAUGUUGUAAUAUUUGAUAUGCUGAUGGUCUAUUUUCAGGAUUUGGGUCUAGCAUUGCUUUUAUUAAAUCGACUAAUGCUAAUGAUAAAUUAUCGAAUGGACAUUCACUGAAAUCAAGUGAACGUAAUUUUUGCCAUGGUUCACCAUUACCUGGUAAAACUAUAUUGCAUGCAGCUUCUAAUAUGAUCAAACCUAAUGAGAAGAUAUCUGCUGCAUGACUGUAGUUCCCUCGGAGGAUUUCUGGAGCGAGAUAUUCUCUGUCACCUUCCCUUUCUAAAUCACCCGCGUAUAAGCUAAUAUCAUCUUCCUCUACACCAUCAGAUGAUUCAAGUACGGUUGUCAACAUCGUACGAUCAGCAUCCGGUUCAGAAGACUUUCGCCGCUUUGGUAGAUUCUUAUACUGGGUUGAUGACUUUAAUUGAGAUUCUUGAACAGCUAAUCCAAAGUCGCCUAUUCUAAGAGUACCAUUUGCAGUAACAAAGAUAUUGGCUGGUUUGAGAUCGAGAUGCCAAAUUCCACAUGCAUGCAAGAAUUUCACUCCCUAAAAGAUCGUUAGAAUGUUGAUUGGAGUAAUAUCCCACUCACCUCUGCGAUAUCUCCUAAAAUCUUCCAAACACGAGUUUCUUCUAAUCUUUCGAAGUGCAUUCCAUAAUCAUCAAGGAAAACAUUCAGGGAGCCCUUUUCACAUAAUUCCGUUUGGAUAUAAAGUCUAUUGUUAUCUUCCCAAUAAUCGUUUAAUUUGAUAAUAUUUGGAUGUUCGGGUAACUUGGAAAGCGUAACUGGUUCAUUUAGUUGUCGUAAUCU